CACAUUGACACAGCAGUAUUUGGGGAGGCGCUGCCGACCCGCUGCUCCCAGAGAUGGCAGUAGAGCCGUAACUGACUGCGGGGCCUGUGCGGUGACCAGCGGCCCUGACGUUACUGAACCACGGACUGCAGUAAAGCAGCGCAGAGCCGGGAAAAAAAGUGCAGCCAUGGGACACAGAGUAGGCUGAACAGGACGGCCUAGCUAGACACAUCUGUCGAGUGAGCUGCUGAUGUUGCCUGGUUUCUCUAUGUAAGGCUUCCCACUGUGGCGAAUGUCAUGGCCACGGCCUCAUCAAGAGCAGAGACUAGCCAUAACCACAGACGCACAUCCCAGCUCCAUGCCAUUGUGUCAUGUGCCAAACUCAAGAGAAAGAAGAGCGUUUUCGGCGCUGCCAUUUAUGUGGAGGUGACAGCAGAGGGAGAGACCCGGCGCACGACCAAAUCUCACAGCUCCUCCAACCCAAAAUGGGACGAGAGGCUCACUCUGACUGUAACGCCACACACGCAGGUGAAUUUCAAAGUAUGGAGCCACCACACCCUGAAAGCAGACGCUCUGCUGGGCAAAGCAACGCUGGAUCUCACUCAGGCACUGGAACAGCACGACAGAAAAUUGGAAAACGUGAAGGAGGUGUUGAAGCUGAACGGGGAGCAGAAGGGGGUUUCCAUGCCUGUUGGCGAGCUGACUGUGUACCUUGAUGGCCUGACUGUCUCUGAUCAGGAGGAACUGGCACCGCUGACCAAUGGCGGCACAGCAAACGGCACCAGUGAGCUCCCUACUUAUGUUAGGGAAGUCCAGCAGAAUGGUGACGCCAUUCAUGAAAACGGGGACUCUUCUUCCUCUUCUUCAAGGGCUGCUAACAGCACCAUGAAUGGAGCAGACCUGGGCCAGCGGUCCGGUUCCUGCUCAGCCUCCAGUGGUGCAGAUGGUCAGGUGCCUUCCAGUUCCUGCAGCCCUCCUCUCCAUCAUGUCCCCAGCCUGACUAAUGGAGAUGCAACAGCCAACUCCACCCCAGUACACCAACCUCCAGACAGAGACCCAGACGCCAGAAUGGUGAAUGGAAACUCCUCUGAGACUGUUCCCAGGCAAUCUUCAGCAUCUAGAAGGGAAGCACAGCCCUCUACAGGUGACAAUGAAGAGAGCGCUCUAGAUGCUUCCCUGCCAAAUGCUGAACCAUCCCCAACCGGCUCCUCCCGGCCUCCUCCAGCUUCCACACCUUCUCCAGCAUCGUCUGUCGCUGCUAAACCUGCCGAUGGCACCACUGCUGCUUCAACCACCUCAGCCUCUUCAACCCAGGGGGCUACCACCCUCACCGCAUCCUCAUCAUCGUCCUCUUCCUCCCCUGCGCCAGGAGAAGCGAGUGCCUCAGGAGCUGGAGGCAGUAGCAGCAGCUCAACAACAACUGAUGGGGUGAAGCCCAGGCAACAGGCCCCUAAUGCUCCAGCAUCAGAUCCUCUUCCACCAGGGUAAAAAUCCCAUCUGGAUGCUAAGAUCGU